AUGGGGUCAAGAGACUUUUCUGUCCUUUAUUACGUAUCUAUUUAUCACAUGCCAUGUGUCAUUUCGUUUUCGUAUUUCGUUUUCUGUUUUCGGUUUUGGCGUCGACUCGAUGUAUUAGGAUCUGUGCAAAAGAAUGCAAGAACUUACUACCAGCUCUAUUAUCCAGCAUCCUCAUUUCCCCCUCCUUCCCUCGAGCCUCUGCCGUCUCUGAAUAAUACGCGCACAAGAAACUGCGUUUACGAAAACACUAACGAAACAGAGAGCAUGACUACACGGACUACUGGCAGUGGCAGUCACACGCCCGCAGAAAAAACAAGAAAUAAGAAUAACAAGCAACGAAGAGCGAACCUAAAACGGAAGUCGAGUGUUCGUCAGGGGAUAUCUCCGAGAAAAACCAUUGUUCUACUAAAAUGGUCCGUUCUUGGUAGUUUAGAUCUCGGCUGCAAAAGAGGCCAAUAA